AGAUCGCAGCUGUUAGAACCAUUCAGAAAAAGGAAAAUAAAGCAACGCACGAGCCCGCUGGGCCAGGACCGUGGGGCUGGGCUGGAGUGAAGGUGGCUACGAGCUCUAGCCCUCAUGCCAGGAUGGCAGAAGAUGAGCCUGAUGCUAAGAGCCCCAAGACUGGGGCAAGGGCCCCCCAAGGUGGUACUGAGGCUGGGGAACCUACUACCCUUCUCCAAAGGCUCCGAGGUACCAUUUCCAAGGCCGUGCAGAACAAAGUAGAGGGAAUCCUGCAAGAUGUUCAGAAAUUCUCAGACAACGACAAACUGUAUCUCUACCUUCAGCUCCCCCCAGGUCCCAGCACUGGAGAGAAAAGCUCAGAGCCCAGCACACUCAGCAAUGAGGAGUACAUGUAUGCCUACCGGUGGAUCCGCAACCACCUGGAAGAGCACACGGAUACCUGUCUGCCAAAGCAGAGUGUUUAUGAUGCCUAUCGGAAGUAUUGUGAGAGUCUUGCCUGUUGCCGCCCACUCAGCACAGCCAACUUCGGCAAAAUCAUCAGAGAGAUCUUCCCUAACAUCAAGGCCCGAAGGCUUGGUGGUCGGGGUCAGUCCAAGUAUUGCUACAGUGGUAUACGAAGGAAGACCUUGGUAUCUAUGCCACCCCUGCCUGGACUUGACUUAAAGGCUGAGAGUCCAGAAAUGGGUCCAGAAGUAACCCCAGCACCUCGGGAUGAACUGGUAGAGGCAGCCUGUGCCCUAACCUGUGACUGGGCAGAGCGAAUCCUGAAACGGUCCUUCAGUUCCAUCGUUGAGGUUGCCCGCUUCCUGCUACAGCAGCAUCUCAUCUCUGCCCGAUCUGCACAUGCCCAUGUGCUUAAGGCCAUGGGGCUUGGUGAAGAGGAUGAACAUGCCCCUCGGGAACGAUCAUCUAAAUCCAAGAAUGGAAUAGAGAACCUGGAGGGGGGAGCCCAUAAGAAACCAGAGAGACCGGCCCAGUCUCCAAAGGAGCUGGAAACCCGGGCUGGGCCUGGCCCUCCGGCACGUGGAGAGCGGAAGAAGAGUGUAAUUGAGAGCUCCGCACCAUCAGCCAGUAACCCACAGGUUAAUGCCCUAGUGGCCCGGCUGCCUUUGCUCCUUCCCCGUGCCCCUCCUUCACUUGUUCCACCGAUCCGAGUCUCUUCACCCAUCCUGGCCCCCAAGCUUUCUUCAGGCACCCUGAAAGUGGCUACACUGCCCCUACCCAGUAGGGCUGGGGGACCCCAGGCAGCUGUGCCUAUCAUUAACAUGAUCUUACCAACAGUUCCUGCUCUGCCUGGACCUGGGCCUGGGCGAGCUUCACCUGGGGGACUCACUCAGCCCCGAGGCACAGAGAACAAGGAGGUAGGCAUAGGUGGUGACCCAGGACCCCAGGAUAAGGGUGUCAAGAGGACAGCUGAAGUACCUAUGAGUGAGGCCAGUGGGCAGGACCCACCAGCUAAAGCAGCAAAGCAGGAUACAGAGGAUACAGCAAGUGAUGCCAAAAGAAAACGGGGGCGCCCCCGAAAAAAGUCAGGUGGAAGUGGAGAAAGAAAUUCCACCCCUGAGAAGUCAGCCGCUGCCAUGGACUCUACCCAGUCCUCGAGGUUACCAUGGGAGACAUGGGGCUCGGGAGGGGACAGCAACUCAGCCGGAGGGUCAGAGAGGCCAGGAGCAGGGGUAGAGGCUGAGCAGGGAACAAUGUUUGCCCAAGCACAGGAAGAUGGUGCUGUUUCCAAAGGAGGAAGGGAUCCCAGUUCCCGGCAAGCCAAAGAAGCAGAAGAUAAAAUUCCUCUUGUCAUCUCAAAAGUGAGUGUCAUCAAGGGCAGCAGAAGCCAAAAGGAGGCUCUUCCGUUGGUAAAGCGAGAGGUAGACAUGGCAGCACAGGGUAAUAAAGACUUAAAGGGGCAUGUGCUUCAAAGUUCCUUAACCCAUGAGCGUAAAGACCCAGAAGCAACACCCCCAUGAUAGACAGGUCUGUGAGGAAGAAUGUCUGUUGUCCAUAUGUUAACUCUGCCUGCCCGCCUGGUAGCUUCACUGCACUUGCUUCUCAUGUGCAAUUCUUUCCCUAAGGGAGUCAUUCUCUUCUGUAUGGACAGCUGAGUUGCCCAGCCUUACACAGUGCCUGAUGGCUGCCUCUGACUUUUCCAGCUUAAUGUCUGCCUUGACUUUAGUUUAACCAAUAAAUCUGUAGUGACCUUCUUACCUCAAUCCCUGUGCUCUCCUGUGGGAAGACAGGGAUGGGGUAAGUAUGAUGGAUAUACAGGUUAGAGAUCUUCUGGUUUUCAGUAUAGAAAAUCUAACUCAAACUGGCUUAAGAUAAAAAGGAUUGCUGGAUAUGGUGGUACACACCUGUAAUCUCAGCUACUUGGGAGGUUGAGGCAGGAGGAUUGCAAGUUUGAGGCCAGUCUAGGCAAUUAGACCAGGCAAUUUAGGAAGACCAUGUCUCAGAAUAAAGGGCUGGGAAGAAAAAAGAAAAAGUGGCAGAGCACUUGCUAAGCAUGCGUGAGACACUUGGGGGUGGGGGUUGAGAGGUAGAGAAGGUAAAAAAGAUUUAUUGGCUUGGGUAACUGGAAAAUCCAGAGGUAGUGCUAGAUCCAGCUGAAGCUUGAUCUGGUCACUCGGUAUGUCUCUAAAUAUCAGAUUGGUUUUUAGUCUCACUGCUCCACCUAUGUAAAAUCAUCUUAAGUCUGGGCUACCUCAUAGCUGCCAGUGCUCCUAGGAUUUGCUCAUUUAUGUGUAGCCAGAAAGAGAAGGUAUCAUUGUGCCUGGUUCUGCUUAGUCCAACCUGGGUCGCACAUCCACCCCUGACUAGUGAAUAUGGCCAGUAGGAUUAUGUAUUAAUUUGCUUAUUCCACACCAUGGACCAUACCUUUGGAGAAAAAGGUGGUAGAGUCAGCCCCUUUACAAUCAUAGAGCCCCGGCAUGGAGACUGCGCAGAGGGUGUUGCUGGGAGGCAGCUGACACAUAACUACAACUACAAAGUACAUGUGGCUUUACCUUGCUAGGCUGAGACCAGCUAGAGCUGCUUCCUUUCCCCUCAGUCUUGCAUUCUCUUACUGUAGCUUUAACUUCUUUCCUCUUGUUCUAGUCUCAGAAGGAAGGAGGUGGAAUUCUUUCUUUAGAGACUCUCUUCAAUGUCACUUAGAUGACAUCACCCUUUUUUCCACACAUAUCUCGGGAUGGAGUUCCUUCCUUUUCCUGUUUUUCACUUUCUUCUCUUUCUUGCUUCUCUAUCUCCUCAUCUAUUGCCACUUUCACCAACUAGAGUGAGAUUUACUUCCUAGUCAUUUCAUUAAAUUCAUUCUGUGUCCACCAGGUGUCAGUCUCUUCUCAUACAUAAUCAGGACUUAGCUCGACUGUGGAGUUUAGGCUAGAUGGAAGGAUGUUCUGCAUGUCAGGGAGCACUAUGGGAAAGGGAUGCAGACAUUCCACAUAUGUCCCUGGGAAAAGCAGUAAACUAACCCAUAUUUAUUGAGGACCUCCUUUGUUCUCUACAUAGGGUAGCUUUGGUCAGGUAAUCUUGGUUCUUCCCAGGAAAUAUGGAUUUUCUUUCAGGGAGAUACUCAUUUGUCCAUUUGUUUCCACCACAGCAGAUUUUUAAAAAAAUUAUAAUAUGUAGUAUUUGAUAUAUAAAGAAUAUAUGUAACAUGAAUAAAUUAUGAAAUAUAAUAAUAAAAUGAGUAACUAUGACCCUGUGCUCAGUUCACACAUUAAAACUGUAUCACUGAGUUUGUGUUCCUCCCUAUCUUGUCCCCCUGCCUCUCUUUAGAGGUAACCACUGUCUUUAAUAUUGUGUUUAUUAAUUGUUUUAUAUAUAUAUAUAUUUUUUAACCACAUAUGUGUACUUUAAGAAUGUAUUGUUUAGUUUUGCUUGUCUUUUAGCUUUACAAAAAUGUUACUCUACUACUACCUUGAUGUUUGCCUUUUUGCACUUACCAUUGUUUCUGAGAUUCAUCCAUGUUGUUGUAAUAGCUGUGAUUCAUCUGUUUUCAUCUGUAUAAUAUUCCAUCAAGAGCAUAAACCACAAGUUCUUCACUAUUCACCUCUCAAUGCUGGGCUGCUUCCAGAUUUUUGCUAUUAAGAAUGAUGCUGCUAUGAACAUUCUUGUACAUGUUAGUGCCUUUGUUUUUAGUAAGAUUUCUAAAAAGGUUUCUAAGAUGGUCCUUUUGGUCUGUACACCCUUUGAGCUGGAACUGUUCUCUCUUGUUUUAUCCUCUGGAUGAGUUUACAUCAGAGUGAAAUGAACUGUUCUUGAAUGUUUGGUAAAACUCACCUAUAAAGCCACCUUAGCCUGGUGUUUCUUUGUGGGAAUAAUUUUAACUUUUGGUUCAGUUUCUUUAGUAACUUAUGUAGGCUAUCUAUUUCUUCAUGAGUCAAUUUAGACCAAGUGUUUCCCUAGAAUUUUUGCAAUUCAUGUCUAAAUUUUCUUUUCUUACAUGGUGUAUUUUUUCUAUUUGUUUUUUCUUCUCCUGGGUAGUCAUGUCUUCCUUUUCAUUUCCGCUGUUUAC